CAAUCUCAAAUAUUCGUAAGAAGUCAUCUGUGAUUUGUCAUUUCCAUUAGAUCUGUACUGACUAAAUUGAAAUAACACCGCCGUGUAAACGUAGUCAUGAAUGUUGCUUACCGCAUCCGUGAAAAUUGUAUAUUAUUUUAAGGAAUAAAUGAUAAAUACAUCAGGAUUAAACUAAAUCGAGCGAACAUGCCAGUAUUUCAGGAAUCAUGUGCGGAACAGAUUCAAGCUCAAACAGUAAUAAUAAUUCAUCCUGGAUCUAUGAAUCUUCGUAUGGGUCGAGCAUCAGACCUGAAUCCUUAUACUCUACUAAAUGCUGUAGCAAGAAGAAGAUUACCUGGAGGUAUAGAAUAUAAGGAUAAUUUUCUUCCACCACAAGUGGCACGUACAAAGGAGUUAACCCAGGCAAUGGAAGAAUCUAGACUUCAAGUGUCUCAUACUCUUCAGUCCUGUUUACAGUCUGAUGGUCGAAGAAGAUAUGCAACUCCUCCACAACAAAUUGCAGCAUUUAAUCGUAGAUCUAAUCCAGAAAUUCAAUCACCUUCCAGUGGAGACUGGCUGAAAACAGAUGAAGAUGUCAUUGUGGGAGAUGAUAUAUUGUCUUUAAAUCCUGAAGAGAAUUUAAAUAUACAUUUUCCUUAUAGAAGAGGAGAAUUAAAUGUGCAUACAGGUCCAGGAGGAAGUCUCAGAGCUGUUUUGGCAGACUUGAAAACUAUUUGGGAAUAUGUCCUGACAAAAAAAAUGGAUAUUCCUCUUAGAGAUUUAAGGCAUUAUCGUGCAGUUCUAAUUAUACCAGAUAUUUACAAUAGACAAUAUUUGAAAGAACUAACAACUUUAAUGUUGUGCGAUAUAGGAUUUGGAGGAUGCUUCCUUUUACAGGAUCAUGUUGCCGCUACAUUUGGAGCAGGCUUAGGGUAUGCUUGCGUAGUUGAUGUUGGUGAUCAAAAAACGUCAGUUUCUUGUGUAGAAGAUGGAAUAUCACAUAGGAACACACGCGUGCGUAUGGAUUAUGGUGGCGGUGAUAUUACUCAAACAUUUUUUUGGCUACUUCAGAAAUGUGCCUUCCCAUACAAAAAUUGUGACCCUUCCAACAGAUUAGAUGCAUUACUUUUGAAUCAAUUGAAAAAAGACUUUUGCCAUGUUGAUUUAAAUGUUUGUGGGUCUCAAGAAAAAACGUUUGUUGUAAGAAAGCCUAAAGAACAUACUGAGAAGUAUACUAUUCAGGUCGGUGAUGAGUGUUUAGUCGCACCCUUAAGCCUUUUCCAACCGGAAUUAUUUAAAGUAACGGGGACGCACAAUGUUCACAUUCAGAAACGAUCUAUGGGUGAUCCAGAGGAUCCUCACGAUGAAAAUUAUUUACGAGAAACCAGUCGGAGAGGAAUGAAAGAAAACUUGGAACAAACUUUAGAGAUGCAAGAAGAAGUAGCAACGCCAGCUGUUGCAGGUGAAGAAGAAGUUGUUGUGGAUGCAGUAGAUUCUGCACCUAUCACUCUGUCUAAUCGUGAUCUUGAUGCACCGCGAGAUUUUAUUGUUGGGCCCCAACAAUUAUUAGGUCUGGAUCAUGCAGUAUUACAAAGCAUCGAUCGCUGCCCAACUGACGACUUGAAGAGAAAAAUGUACAGCUGUGUCUUAGUUGUUGGUUCAGGAAUGAAGUUUCAAGGUAUUGGCAUGUGGCUCCAUAAUAGAAUAUCUCUACAGAUUCCGUAUAUGUACAGAGCUGAACAAUUAGAUAUUAUAACACAACCUAAAGAAAUGGAUCCAGGAAUGACAGCAUGGAAGGGUGCUGCAAUUCUAAGCUGCUUGGAAUCUGCUCAAGAAUUAUGGAUUGGCCGACAAGAGUGGGAACGCAUUGGCGUUCGGGUGUUGAGAGAAAGAGCACCUUUUAUGUGGUGAUUUAUGAAAUUCAUAAUUAACUUAGUAGAAUAUAGGACCAUGAGAUACAUGUCUCUAAACAUGUUUGACAUUUAAUUAAUAGCAAUUCAUCGACUCGGACAAACCCUCUCUGCGGUAAAAAUAUUGUAUGCACAAGAAUAUACAAUCAAUUUAGUA